AUGAUGCUGCGUCGUUGCUGUGGCACAGCCAUCUCGGCGGCAACAACGGCCAGUACGAGCCCCCGGUGUAGCGCUCGCUUCAUUGCAAGCGAGUUCAAGGACAUCCGCCCGCGAAGCGGUGGAGCCGCGCCGCCGCCGUCGAUCAGCAACAACGAGCCCAUUCUGCCCAUGGACUUCAACCCGCACAUUGAGUGGUUCGAGUAUCCGAAAGAAAUUUUUGAUCCUAAGUUCCCGUACACCCGUGAGGAGAGCAUCCGCAUGACGGAGGAGUCGUGGGAAAGUACGAUGGACGAGAUGGCCAGCAAGUACGGCAUGCGGCUGAACAUGUCCUCCAAGCCGACGUUCUGGAUGGCGUGGUUCGUUAUGUUCUUCUACAGCUGGUACACCCUCUGGGGCUGCUACCGCGCCAUGGGCACAGAGCCGGGCUGGUCGCACUUCAAGAACGUCGUGCUGAACCACCCUACAGUACCGAUGCUCGAGGAAGACGACAUCUACCUCGAUCAGUGGAUCCGGCCCGAGAUGCGCGAGAAGUUCAGCCGCUAUGACCGCUUCUGGAACUGGAAGCCCCUGGUGAAGCGCGACGGCGCGAAGACGACGUGGCAGAUUCAGAUGCAGUACGCCGACGAGUCUGAGUGGCGCCACAUGACAAGCCGCUUCUAG